AGACAGACAGAGAAGGAGAGAGUCAAGAAGACAGAGAGGAACAAAACAGCAGAAACCAGAGCACCCUCCCUCUUGGACACACCCUGCUGAGGAUCACUGCCUCUCUUUCGCUCUCUCUCUUUUUUUUUCUUCUUGUGAACCAUCACCCACGCCGCAAGGAGAGAAAAGGCGCUCUGUCAUCACCAUCAUCAGCAUCCAACAGAAACCCCCUUUCCCCCCACAUUUUCAUCCUAUAGAGGACAACUACAAUCCGAAAGGGCUGAGAACCCGUGGUGAAGAAAGCCCUUUUUUUUAAUUUUUCUUUUUUUUUUCUUUUAAUUUGGACUCCAGACGGAACAUUGGGGCCAUAUAAUUUUUUUCAAAAAGGCCGACGAACAAAUAUAGACUCAAUCUUCAGCUUCAAGACAAGUGCAAAGCAGGACCUAGAUUUCUUUGUACGUCAAGAAUGGUUACUCAGAUAAUCAGCACCAUGGAAACUCAGGUGUCCAAUGGUCCAAGCGGAACCAGUCUGCCUAACGGCCCAGUCAUUAGCACCAACGGCUCCACAGACGACAGCAAAACCAACCUGAUCGUCAACUACCUGCCUCAGAACAUGACCCAAGAAGAGUUUAAAAGUUUGUUUGGCAGCAUCGGAGAGAUUGAAUCCUGCAAACUGGUCAGAGACAAGAUAACAGGUCAGAGUUUGGGAUACGGGUUUGUAAACUAUGUGGAUCCAAAUGAUGCAGACAAGGCCAUCAACACGCUCAAUGGACUCAAACUACAGACAAAAACAAUCAAGGUAUCAUACGCCCGGCCAAGCUCGGCUUCAAUUCGCGACGCUAACCUUUAUGUGAGUGGACUCCCCAAGACCAUGAGCCAGAAGGACAUGGAGCAGCUGUUCUCACAAUACGGCCGCAUCAUCACAUCCCGCAUCCUAGUUGAUCAAGUCACAGCAGGCAUAUCACGAGGAGUGGGCUUCAUCCGGUUUGACAAGCGAAACGAAGCGGAGGAGGCCAUCAAAGGUCUGAACGGGCAGAAGCCUCUAGGUGCCGCCGAGCCAAUCACUGUCAAGUUCGCCAACAACCCCAGCCAGAAGACAGGCCAGGCCUUACUGACUCAACUGUACCAGACCGCCGCUCGCCGCUACACGGGCCCACUGCACCACCAGACUCAACGUUUCAGACUCGACAAUUUACUAAACGCCGGCUACGGAGUCAAGAGCUCUCCUACUCUCUUCCCCAGAUUCUCCCCCAUCACAAUUGACAGCAUGACCAGUCUGGCUGGCGUCAAUCUUACCGGGCCAACCGGCGCUGGCUGGUGCAUCUUUGUAUACAACCUGUCCCCAGAGGCGGACGAGAGCGUCCUGUGGCAGCUCUUCGGGCCCUUCGGUGCAGUUACUAAUGUCAAGGUCAUCCGUGACUUCACCACCAACAAAUGUAAGGGCUUUGGGUUCGUCACCAUGACCAACUACGACGAGGCUGCAAUGGCUAUCGCUAGCCUCAACGGCUACCGUCUAGGUGACCGCGUGCUGCAGGUUUCCUUCAAGACCAGCAAGCAACACAAGGCCUGAGAGAAAAGCUGCUGUUGCCAGCUCCUUCAACCUGCAGGGAGCGCUCUCGCGCCCCCCCUGCGCCAUCAUUCAACAUGGGCCUGGACUGAGUCUUUCUCCAAGUCUCUCACAGAAAUUCAUAAUAUAUUACUGCAAACACAGACAUGCAGGUGCACAGACACAAACACACACAGGUGCACGUAUAGCCGAACAUAUCCACGCGCAAGCAUACACGAGUCCCACGUGCAAACACAGAACACACUAAUGGAGUUUGUCCAUUCUCUUUCCACAACACGCUAGUCCUCGCCUGUAUUUGCCUGGAUUGAAUUAGAAGGGGCGUGUAGCUAGUUUGUUGGGUAGAGCUCAGAGCAAUCUAUUUAGGAGACAGUCUAACGAAUGUGACAGAGAAUGUGUAUGGAGUGCUUUGGUUGAAUUCAGGCAAAUAGCGACACCACAUGAAAACGAUCAAAAAUCGAAAUGAACAAAUAUGUGCAAUUUACCCAAACUCUAACCCCAACAUCUCAUGUUAUCUUGCUGGAGAAGAUGUAGUCAGUUUUUUGUUUUUACACUUGGGCAUUUUGAAUCAGUGAGGUUUUUUUUUAAGAUCAAAGAAAAUGAAAUUUUAAUAACAGUGUUCUCUUAUUUACAUCUAUUAAAAUAUAACUAUAUAUUCAAUAUUUAAGGUCGUUAUAAUAGCCAAAUAUGUAAGCAUUUUCUAGAAACUUUGACUACUGUUUCUUGACCUGCAUUAGGCGACGCCUAGUGUGAUGGCGGUUUCUCGACCGUAAACGAGCAUGUUAGCUCAGAUCCACAAUCAUUUAGAUUGACUAAAUGAAUACUGGAUACAGAAAUGAGUAGUCAGAAAGCCAUCAGAAUCACUCUUUCCUUCACAACACAGUCUCACACCAAACAACACAAUAGUGCACAUAUCUAUCACAAAGACACAUUUCAAUCAUUACACCUAUUUAGUUAAAUAUGUCCCUGUAUUUUCACACAGUUUUCUUUCCUCUCUCUGUUUGUUUGAAGAAAAAAUAAACCUACACAAGCAGACCGUCUAUGAACUUAGAGCAGAGUUGCAGUGCUGCCAUGGUGAUUGUGAUAUUAGCAAGCGUCUGAUUGGUGAGAGUGAUAAGUGCAAAGGGGAACCAGUUUCACCAUAACAUACCUGCGUCAAAGAAAAAUACCGGUGUUUUAACGCAUUUUGCAUCACCUCUUCGUCCUUAUGUUAUAUUACCUGCAUGUGCAAGCCACGAUUUAGUGUAAGAGCCCUAGAAAUGAAGGCAAAGGUAAGCAGCGCACGUGUUUUUGCAGUUCUGUUUGGGUGUAACCAUAUUUGCUUGCCUCGAUGGCUUGUGGCUUCAGAUUGCAAUAGAAUACUGGAAGCAGAAUCAACAAUUUUGCAUUGACAAGGAUGCACAACCCAGUGCCUGGUCUAGACAGGUCUAGAUUGGUCACGAGAGGUCUGCAGAUGAACCCCCCCCACCCCGAAGAGCACCGGUAUUAUUCUACAGUCUAAUGCACAGGCAUAACCAUGAAAAGGAAGUGAGGUCAAAGUUUUAGAGUUCAGUGGAAUCUACGUGUCCAUGCAAAUUUGGAGGACUGCGGUUCCUGUGCCUGAGCGAUGACCAGUUUAUCACAGAUCCCAAUCCCAAAUUCUACUCGGUUUAUAUUUAUAGCACCUCACAUCCUUCCCAGAAAAUUUUAACUCAUGCCCUCCCUGAAAGACAAUAGUACAUCAAGCUUUCAAAUAAGUGUCACAAUUAUAUUUCUGCUUACAAUAAAAACUAUUUAUUUGCUCCAGACCUGUUUGGCACUACCACCAAAAUAGCAUUUCUCAAAAAUAUCCCCAACCCAAAUGCAUGGAAAUUAUUUAUUCCACCCUUGAUGAAACAUCAAGACCAACCUGUCUCGCUGAAAUAUCUGUUCGCGAACAGACUCAUGAUUUUCCACGGGGAGCGUGAAUGUCUUUUAAUAUCGAGACAUCUGCACAUAAUAGAUUAAAUAAGGUCGACUAUAUUCGACAUUUUUGCUUUUGCUUUUCUAAAUGAUGCUGUGUUAGCCAAAGAGAGUGCUCUCUUUGAAAGGAUUACAUUAGAGAUAAAUCUAUUUUUAUACAUACAAAGGAACAAGACCUUGUGCUGAAUUUUUACAGAUUCUUAAGCUUGGAAAAAUUGGAACAUCGCAUGACUUUAUUUUAAGCCCUCUGAUCUUUGCAGAGCAAGAGGGAAGAAGCAAUGCGGUGCAUGGGUGGGGAUAAAGGGAGGGGGUGAAGGAACAUUCAUGUAAACGUGACCAUUACACCACACGAAAAUGACCGAAAACCAACUUAAUAAGAACAAACCUGAUGUAAGACAGUAAAAUUAAUCAUCUGUGGGUAUAACCCGACAGACAUCUGUAGUUCUGAGUGCAUGGAGACACGUGCACCUGUUGUCCUGAAGUUGUGUACAGUGUUGGUUUAAUGGCGGUGCAUAGAAGUGAAGUUGUUUGACUUGAGAAUCCCAGACAAAACCCCAGUGACACAGACUUGCUGUCCGGUUGAAAAAAGCUCAGCUGCUUGCAAAUUAAAGGUUCUAAUCCAAAAUGGAACAGUGGUGCAGAUUUCUAA